UACCAAGCAGCGGGGUUUGAAAGAUAUCAACGUUAAUCCACUUCGUCUCAGCGACCCACAACAGCACCAACAACUGAAGAAAACAUGCUGGAGGGCCUGCUGUCCAUACUCCGCAGGCUGAAGCGGUCUCCGGAGCGGGAGGUGCGCUUGCUCCUGCUUGGCUUGGACAACUCCGGCAAGACCACUCUGCUGAAACAGCUGGCAGAGGAAGACAUCAGCCACAUCGCCCCCACACAAGGCUUUAAUAUUAAGAGUGUUCAAUCAUCUGGCUUCAAGUUGAAUGUUUGGGACAUUGGAGGUCAGCCCAAGGUCCGCCCCUACUGGAAGAAUUAUUUUGAGAACACAGAUGUACUGAUCUAUGUGAUUGACAGCUCAGACAGGAAAACGUUGGAAGAGACAAGCCUGGAGCUGUUUGAGUUGCUGGAGGAGGAAAAGCUCGCUGCUGUGCCACUGCUAAUCUUCGCCAACAAGCAGGACCUGGCGACAGCCACCCCAACGUCUGAGCUGGUAGAGUGUCUCCAUCUGCACACUAUCCGGGAUCGAAUGUGGCAACUCCAGGCCUGCUCUGCAGUCACUGCUCAGGGAUUGCAGGACGGGAUGACCUGGGUUUGCAAAAAUAUAAAGAAAUGAAAACAAAAGAUCCUUGAACCACCGAAGUUGCACUUGAAUUUUAUGUCCAUACAAAAUUUUGUACGAACCACUUUUGUCAGUCCGUCUUCAAUCGGCAGUGUGAAUUCUAUGUAGCAGUUUUAAAGACAGUAAUGUAACCUUUUAACCCUGUCGAUGCAUAUUUUAUUAUGUAUAUACUGUAAAUAUGUACAUAGUAAUCAAACUGCUUGUUCUGCCAACCGUUAUUUUUGUAACGUGGUAUUUGGUAUGUGGGCGUUAAUAAAGUUCUGUAUUUUGCA